CCCAGAAAAAAUACCUGUCUUGCACUUAUUUAGAAGAUUUUUAAAAAAUCCUAUUAAAUAAACCUUUUUUUUACUUAAAAAAAAAGAAAUGUAGUUUAUUUUCUAAGUUAUUCAUUACGCCGCUUUAGGGGUUAGAGACUUAGUUUGUUUAUAUUUUUAAACAAAAUGGCGACCUCCUUACACGUGAAAGAGAAAUCAGCUUGGAAAACUGUCUCAAUACCUCAAGAUUUAUUAAGUCAAGAAGAAUUUGAUGGAUUAGUAGAUAUUCAAGAACUGACCGACUAUGAACUUUUAUCUGUUAAUACAGAAGAUGCUGAAAUCACCAGUAAAAAAUCAAAGAACAGAAAAAGAAAACGACUGUCUGAGGUAACAUCAUCUGGAGAUGAACUGGAAUGCACACAACAUAUCAGCAACUUACCAUCCAAGAAAAAGAAAAAGAAACAAACAGGGAAAAGUAAAGUUGAAAGCAAUAUAGAGACAGACGAAGAGAUGGACCAGACACUUCAAUUGCAACCUGAACUGAAAAAGAAAGCAAAGCUAAAGAAGAAAAAGACUAUUAUUAGCGGUGAUUUAGCAAAAACAAAUGAGAAGGAAAAUCUUAAGUUGCAGCAAGUUAUCAAAACUGAAGAAAAUGAAGUGUCACAGAAAAAGAAGAAGAAAAAAAAGAAGAAGAAGCUGAACUCUAAAAAUCAUGACAGUAAUGUAAGUUGUGGAAACUCAACAGCAAGUGAAGUUACUGAUGAAGUGGAGAAUCAUACAGAAGUUGACAUGUCACAGUGGAAGAACUUGUAUGUACCAGAUGUAUUCCUCAAGGCCCUACAGGAGCAGAGAUUUGAGAACCCCACAAAAAUUCAGACCAUUGCUUUACCCAGUGCAAUCAGGGACAGGAAGGAUAUUCUGGGAGCUGCUGAGACAGGAAGUGGAAAAACUCUGGCAUUUGGCAUUCCACUGUUGGCAAAAAUUCUAGACUACAUAGAGUCGAAUAAAAAUGUAAAUGAAGGGCUGGAAGGUGAUAUUGACAAGGAUGAUAACUCUGAUGUUGACAUGGAAGAUAACUCUGAUGAGGAAAAGAAGGAAAAAUCUCCAAAGAAACGAAGAAAAACAAAUCCACCAUUGGCAUUAAUAUUGGAACCUACAAGGGAACUGGCUGUACAAGUUAAGAACCACUUGACAGCUGUUGCAAAGUACACAGAUAUAAAUUUUGCAACCAUUGUGGGAGGAAUGUCUGUAGAUAAACAGAGAAGAAUUCUGAGCAGGCGGCCAGAGGUUGUCAUAGCAACACCAGGUAGAUUGUGGCAGCUCAUUGAAGAAGAUAAUGAACAUUUGAAGCGGAUUGACCAGGUGAUUUGUUUAGUUGUUGAUGAAGCUGACAGAAUGGUUGAGAAAGGACAUUAUGAGGAGCUGACCAAACUCUUUGAGAUGAUAAACAAAAGUCCAAGGAGGGCAGUAAAUCGUCAAACAUUUGUUAUGUCAGCCACACUUACCAUGGAUGUUGCUCUACCUAAGCGAUUAAUGAACAAGAAAAAGGUGAAAAAAGAUGAUACUAAGCUUAAAAGCUUAACAGACAAAAUCAGCUUUGGGUUUAAGCCUAAAGUCAUAGACCUGACACCCAAGGAAAAGGUUUCAACAACUUUGACAGAGCUGAGGGUCAACUGUGCAUCAAACGAGAAGGACUUUUACUUGUACUACUUUGUGUGCCAGCACCCUGGCAGGACCCUUGUGUUUGUCAAUAGUAAAGAUUGUCUCCGCCGUAUGCUGGCAUUGUUCACAAUGUUGCAGCGCUCCCCCCUGGCGCUCCAUGCUGAUAUGCAUCAGAGACAGAGGUUGAAAAACCUGGACAAGUUCUCAGAAAACAAGAAAGGGCUUCUGUUUGCAUCUGAUGUGGCUGCCAGAGGCUUAGAUAUUCCUAAAGUUGAUCAUGUGAUACACUACCAGGUGCCUAGAACUAUGGAGAACUAUGUACACAGGAGUGGUAGAACAGCCCGUGCAUCCAAUCUUGGCCUCAGUGUCAUGCUAGUCUCACCUGAAGAUGCCAGAGAUUAUCGUAAGAUCAUCCAUGGGGUUAGGAAUGGUGAAGAGCUUCCCAUAAUGCCAGUUGACAUGGAGCUGAUGCCUGCUGUGAAACAAAGAGUAGACCUAGCCAGACAGAUAGAUGUCAAGGAAUACAGGUUAAAAAAGAAGCGGUUAAAAAACAACUUUUUUACAAAAGCUGCCCAGGAAAUGGACAUGAUUAUAGAUGAUAAAGCUCUCUUAGAAGAUCUAGGGGACUCAGCGGAACAGGCCAGAGACAGAAAUUUGCUGAAACAGAUGAAAGCUCAGCUGGCUGCAGCAUUGCGGGGGUCACUGAUGCCCUUAAGGAUGAGCAAAUAUCCAACAAAGUCUGGGCAGUUGUCCAUACAUACAGCAGUCAAUUUAUUUAAUAUCAAAUAAAAUUGUUUUAUAAAUGUA